CAGAGCCAAAAAAGCUAGCUCAACGAUCAGUUUGUUUCAGUUAACUCGCGGAGAAACUUCGUCGGGGCAAGAGCUUAAGCUUUAAGGAAAAUUGAAAAGUCGUAUUGCUUGUUGGCUUGUUUUGGUUUAUCGGUCUAAGUGUCAUGUGCUAAUGAGAUAGUUUUGGAAGAGGUGCCGCAUUCUUUUCCAAUUGCAUAAGGUUUUAUACCUAGCGCAGUGCGAAAACUGUUAGGAUGAAAUAUUUGUAUUUUACAAUUUAUUAAAAUGUGUGUUUAAAAGUUCGUUUACCCUGGUGAAAGUGUGCUAACGGUUUCGUAUAGCUCCAUAUACUGUCGUGAACAAACACAGUCACAGCAGUAGCAUUACUGCUGGCCCUCAGAAAGAUCAUCUCACUGCAAUGCAUAUGCAUAGAGUAUUAAAGUGCAAAAAAAUAAAAUUAACAUGAUACUUUAAUAAUCGAAGUAUUUGUCAACUAAAGCGUGUCCCACUUUUUAAAACUUUUGAAUCCACUUAUACACUGGUACGAAUAACCCGAAAAAAGGAACAUAUUUUGGAUUAUGAUUUCAUCUAAUUAUAUGAAAUUAUACAAAAACUGCAAUCGAUACGCAACAUGCUUAAAAAAAUUGCAUUGUUUCUUAUUAUCUGGAGUUGCGGCACAUUGGCUGCGGACAUCCUAAUGGCUACGCAAGGCGGAACGAAGUCACACAAGAUACCAUUCUGGGAAUUGGCUAAGGGAUUAAUAUCCAGAGGUCACAAUAUUACCUUUUUAAGUGGAUUUCCUGCUGAUUUUAAUAUUGAAGGACUGCUCGAGGUAACACCAGCUGGUCUUGUUGAAUAUAUCCACAACUAUACGAAUUGGGAUCUCUUGGGCUCACGCAUGGCGGGAGAAAUGCCCAUUAAGCCCUGGGACGGACUGCGAUACGCUUUCGAAUCAUGUGACGCAAUGCUUCGUGACUCAGAAACAAAGGAGCUGACCAAGAAAAGCUUUGAUUUGGCUAUAUUAGAUGGAGCUUUCCCAGAGUGCUUCUUGGGAUUAAUGUACGACUUCAAGAUUCCAUUUAUGUACAUAAACACGGUGGGAUUCUACACAGGCAGUAUCUCGACUGCAGGAAAUCCCGUUAGCUACGCUAUUACUCCCAACUUCUAUUCUCGAUUUACGGACACAAUGAAUCUUUACGAACGUGCUAUUAAUACGGCCAUGCAGAUUGGACAAACACUGAUGCACAUGUAUGUUAUGCGUCGGACUCACCUUGUGAUGCGAGAGCACUUGGGUACUCAAAUCCCGCAUCCUUACGAAAUGUCGCGCAACGUGAGUUUCAUUUUGCAAAAUGGACACGCAGUUUUGUCUUAUCCUAGAGCCUUUAAUCCGAAUGUAGCAGAAGUGGCUUGCAUUCAUUGUAGGCCAGCUAGAAAACUUCCUAGAAACCUUGAGGAAUUCAUCGGUGCUUCUGGAGCAUCUGGAUUUAUUUACGUUUCUAUGGGUUCCUCCGUAAAGGCCGCGAACAUGCCAGAGGCGUUGCGUCACAUGCUUGUAAAGACCUUUGCACGUCUUCCCUAUCAUGUGCUAUGGAAGUAUGAAGGCAGUUCGACAGAUAUAAAAGACAUCACAUCAAACGUAAAACUUUCACGGUGGUUACCGCAGCAGGACAUUUUGGGACAUCCCAAGCUUAGAGCGUUUGUAACACAUGGAGGCUUGCUAAGCAUGUUUGAGACGGUAUAUCACGGAGUACCCGUUGUUACAAUGCCGGUAUUCUGCGACCACGAUGUUAACUCAGCCAAGGCCGAGGUCGAUGGAUAUGCAAUAAAGUUAGAUCUUCAGACGCUGUCAGCCAAUCAGUUGUACAAGGCUAUUAUGAAAGUGAUUCACAAUCCUCGCUACAGAAAUUCAGCACGACAUCGGCAAAAGCUGUUCCUGGACCAGCGCUCAACAGCGCUAGAUACUGCCAUAUACUGGACCGAAUAUGUGCUGCGACAUAAUGGCGCUUAUCAUCUACAGACUCCAUCCCGAAAUAUGACAUGGUGGCAAUACUACUUACUCGACGUAGUUGCGGUUUAUUUAAUUUUACUUUACGUCCUGAUCUUAGCACUGAGGCGCAUUGAUUUUCCAUACGAGAAGGUGCGGAGUCUUUAUUCCCUUAUGGCUCCUUUUAUUACAAUAGCAAAAACGAAGUCAAAGAAGAUUUAAAAGGUCUCUAUAAUAUUACUAGAGUGGGGUGCUUAAAUCUUAAGAAGAAUACGUUGCGAUUCAAAGCGUCAAGCAAAUGGAUCGAUUAGAAACGUUCGCCUAUUCCAAAUAUUGUAACAUUGUAAUUUGAAAUUAUUUUAAAGAAUAUAAAAACACGCACACAAUAACAAACAAAAAAUAAACAAAAGAAAUCCCUCGGAAAUGGAAAAGUGUAUAAAGCCGUAUUUAUCUACUUGAUACUGAAUUUAAUACAAACCUCUGAUAUAAUUAAUUAAUGACUUCUUAAAAAUGGUAACUACUCUUCUGUCCAGAAUUUAAUGUAAAUCCCUAUAUUAAAUAUUAAUAAGGACCCAAACAAGUGAUUCAAAUCAUAAUUAAAAGGAUACAUUAAAAAUUUUUGACUGUUCCAAAGAUGGUAUAAAACAAUUAUGUUUUACGACCUACAUUAAUAUAUAAAGGCAUUAAAUUAUGAUUUUAAUACAAGCUUGCUUUCCCUAAAACAUCUUUAAUAAGAAUGUCUAAAUAAAUUACAAUAAAGCGCAUUUUC